UGGAUCGCCAUUGAAGCAGACACAUACACACACACACACACACACACACAUAUAUAUGCAUACAUAUAUAUAUAUAUGUAUGCAGGAUCAGAUUUGAUAUCUGAGAAAAGGCUCUAUUCUGAAAGAAAUCCACUCAAAAGUAAAAUCCUUUGGGGCAGAGCUAGUGCCAUUAACGUUAGCGUCAGUGUGGAUUCUGAACUCAACUCCCUCUCUCUCCCUGGGGGGUCUGGACAACGUAUGCAAAUUCACAAAUCGCCAGCCACCAGCCGUUGGUUUCUUGAAACCCUAGCCCACUCAAGGCUCCUAAUCACGCCCUCGACGAUUGUUCAUUUCCAAGGUCAUGGCUGGGAAGAAAGUGAUAGCUAUAUGUCAGUCAGGUGGUGAGUUUGUGACUGAGGAAGAUGGGUCACUGUCUUACAGAGGUGGGGAUGCUCAUGCUAUGGAAAUUGAUGAACAGAUAAAGUACAAUGACUUCAGAAUGGAAGUGGCAGAGAUGUUCAAUAGCAAUGUUGACAAUAUUUCUGUCAAAUAUUUCCUGCCUGGCAACAGGAAGACGCUUAUUACAAUAUCCAAUGACAAAGACCUCAAGCGCAUGAUCAAUUUCCAUGGCAGCUCCAGCACCACUGACAUAUAUGUCUUGGCAGAAGAAAUAGUCGCUCCUGAUGUCUCAAACAUGCCAGCUAGUAGGUCAAGUCGGACUACUUUGUCAGAAGCUGGGGUUCUGGUUGAGGCCCCUCUUAAUGUCAUAGAUGACAUAAACCAGCCUGCUGACAUGCUAGAUACCCCUUUUGUUAUUCUGGGUGAUACCACCAAUAUUGAUGACCAUAUCGAGAUGCCCGGAGAAAUGGCUCCACCCCCUCUAUCUGUAGGUUCCAAUGAUGAGAAGCAUAUUAAAGCUGCACAGCAGUGGCAAAACAAUAUCACAGGUGUUGGCCAAAGAUUCAAUAGUGUUCAUGAAUUUCGUGAGGCCCUACGUAAAUAUGCUAUCGCAAAUCAAUUUGCUUUUAGAUAUAAGAAGAAUGACAGUCAUCGUGUAACUGUAAAAUGCAAAUCAGAAGGUUGUCCAUGGAGAAUUCAUGCAUCGAGGUUGGCAACCACCCAACUAAUUUGCAUUAAGAAAAUGAAUGCCACUCAUUCAUGUGAAGGGGCUGCUGUGACAACAGGACAUCAGGCAACUAGAAGUUGGGUUGCAAGUAUCGUCAAGGAGAAGCUUAAAGUUGACCCCAACUACAAGCCAAAGGACAUUGUCAAAGAUAUUAAACAGGAAUUUGGAAUUCAACUGAACUACUUCCAGGCAUGGCGUGGAAAAGAGAUUGCCAAGGAGCAGCUUCAGGGUUCUUAUAAGGAGGCAUACAAGCAGUUACCUGUUUUCUGUGAGAGGAUAAUGGAGACAAAUCCUGGUAGUUUAGCUACUUUUGCAACAAAGGAAGACUCAAGUUUUCAUAGAUUGUUUGUCUCUUUUCAUGCGUCUUUACAUGGGUUCCUACAGGGUUGUCGGCCUCUACUCUUUCUUGACAGCAUAUCCUUAAUGUCAAAAUACCAAGGUGCAUUGUUGGCAGCAACAGCUGCUGAUGGGAAUGAUGAGGUUUUUCCUGUUGCUUUUGCAGUGGUAGAUGCAGAAACUGAUGAUAACUGGCACUGGUUUCUGCUACAAUUGAAAGAUGCAUUAUCAACAGCUCGGAACAUUACUUUUGUGGCAGACAGAGAAAAAGGACUAAGGGAGUCAAUUGCUGAUAUAUUCCAUGACAUAGAUGUCCACCAUGGUUACUGUAUCCGCUAUCUUUCAGACCAACUUAUCAGAGAUUUGAAGGGACAAUUUUCUCAUGAAGUGAAACGUCUUUUGGUUGAGGAUGUCCAUGCUGCUGCAUAUGCACCACAAACUGAAGGCUUUGAGAGGUGUUUAGAAAGCAUUAAAAGUAUUUCACUAGAAGCCUAUGACUGGCUCAUGCAGAGUGAACCUGUGAACUGGGCAAAUGCCUUCUUCAGUGGUGCAAGAUAUAACCAUAUGACAUCAAACUUUGGAGAACUGUUCUAUAGUUGGGCUUCAGAUGCACAUGAAUUACCAAUAACCCAGAUGGUUGAUGCUGUGCGAGGUAAGGUUAUGGAGUUGAUUUAUACACGGCGUGCUAAUUCAAAUCAGUGGCUGACGAGGUUAACCCCAUCCAUGGAAGAAAAACUAGAAAAGGAAAGCCUAAAAUCCCAGUCUCUUCAAGUGUUAAUUUCAGCUAGUAACAAGUUUGAGGUUCGUGGCGACUCCAUUGAAUUUGUUAAUCUUGAUCACUGGGAUUGUAGUUGCAAAGGGUGGCAGCUUACUGGUUUGCCAUGUUGCCAUGCCAUUGCUGUCAUAAGUUGCCUGGGCCAUAUUCCAUAUGAUUACUGUUCUAGAUACUUCACAACGGAUAUCUACCGGUUGACAUAUUCGGAGUCAAUUCAUCCUGUCACAAGUGUAGAUAGGCCCAUGCACAAUGGAUCUUCUCAGUGUUUGGUGACUGUGACCCCUCCACCGACUCGUCGUCCACCAGGCCGACCUACUACUAAGCGAUUUGGAUCACAAGAGGCGGCUAAACGUCAACUCCAAUGCAGUAAAUGCAAGGCAACGGGUCACAAUAAGUCAACUUGCAAAGAGUUUUUGCUAGAGUGUUGAACUGUGGUUGGAGCUAGCUCUAUGAGAAGGGCCUAAAAUCUGUAACCAUAACCUCGUCUUCAUCUCCCUGUUAAUAACCAGCCAUGCCCUCCCUCCCCCCAACCCCCAAAAUGUACUUGGUAGAAGUAGUAUCUGUGCCUUCAUUCUUUAGUUUUUCCAAGUUUAGUAUCAUCAUAGCUCAACAAAAUUCAAUUAUCCUUUUUCAAUAAUUAUGAUUUUUACAGAAGGUAUGUCCCUCACAGCUCUCACUGUGCACUGCCAUCUCCAUUGAUGUAUCAUUGAUCAAUCUCCAUCAUAUUUUGAGCCCUUUUACUUAAAUGGUGGCAAGAGGUUAUUAGAAUUUUUCUACAAUUGCAGGUGCGAGCCCAAGGUUCUAUCACCUACAACUCACAGGGUAACAGCUUAUAAAUUAUUAUUUAUUUAUUUCUUUGAGGAACUUCUAUUGCUGGAAUAGAUAGAUUCUGAUCCUAGUAUUCUUUGUGGAGUUGCUGGAUACUGCAAAUUGGACAGCAACAAAAUUUGUUACAUGGAAUGGUUGAACCUUGUUUUAACAUGAAAUGGUUUAGGCCGGGAGAUACGAGUAUCCAAGGAGUCUACCGAGUGUGGUGUAAAAACAAAGAAUAGGGAUGUGAUUGUAACAAAAGAUGAUAUGCAGUGUAAAAAGUAGAAAACCCAAUACCAUAGGAUACCUUAAAAUUGCCUUAUUUAUUACCCUUCAUUGUUGUUCAACUUUGAAAAGUACAUUUUACUUAGUACAGGAUAGCACCCAAAACCAAGCCAUUAUUCUGUUGUAGUAGCAACAGCAGCAUCUCCAGUUCAGAUUAGGGGACUGCCUCCAGAACUGUUCCAUUUGGCCAUGAUGGUGGCGCUAGAGAUUGUAUGUUCAUUAAGCCAGAGGCUACUUAAUUGGUGAACAGGAAAAGGCUGAAGAGGACAGACAGGGACGAUGCAGAGCAUGAGAUGGGGCGUCUGAACAACACCAAUCCUUGUGUUGUUGCCGUUCCCCUGCACACACACACACACACACACUCUCUCUCUCUCUCUCUCUCUCUCUCUCUCUCUAUAUAUAUAUAUAUAUAUACAUUAUCAAUAUAUGUAUUGCAACUCUUUAUCAGAUUGGCUGAAUUUGGUAAUGCAAAUGGUCUGAUUAGGUUGGGAUUGCCCAACUACGGCUGCUGCUGCAUCUAACUU